AUGAUCAACAACAAUUGGUCACGCUCUUCAUACGUGACCAAGCAUAUGCAAUCUGUGACCAAUGUGAUCAUUUUCGACGUGACCAAAACUGUUCCUGACCUGUAA